AUGCAAUUUUGGUCGCCAAAGUGCAAUCUAUCAGUAAAUUACUUGGACAUAUUACUUGCUGUUUAUGAAUUGCCUGUAUAUUUGGCAAGUUAUCUUCUUUCAUCCACACAAAAAAUGGAGCUAAUUAGACGUUUUCCCUUGAAAUGCCAAUUACUUUUAAAUUGGCAGCCAUUUAGGGUACUACUACUGUCUUUUAUUGUUUUGAUUACACUUCUCUUCAUCGAAUCCUAUGUUGUCACUAAUACACAUAAGAUGGAACAGGCAAACCGAAUCCACAACGCAUUGAAUACUAUAACAACCUCAUUGAUUUCUAUUUUUUGGAAAAAUGUCCAGAUUUGGACUUCUAGAAAGGUAGCAAAAUCCCAUUUCAUCCUUUCUAAGAUCCCAGUGUUUACAUGCAAAAAAAAAGAAUGUAAAUGAAUGAUGUGGUAUCACUGACAACUCAAUUUAUCAUAAUCUGAUACGUAAUAAACUCUUGAGUAGAGUUAUAUGUUGUUUUAAUUCGAGUGUUAGUUUGCCAUGUCGAAUUUGUAGAUUUGAAUUCUGAAUUUUGAUUAAUUAUGUUUCAGAAAUAAUGUUUUUAUAGUAAUUACUCCCAUU